AUGGCUUCGAUAUGCUUCGAUGGAUUCUUCUCAGCAAAAGGUGGGUAUAAUGGAGAUACAUCAUAUGCUUCGAUGGAUUAUUUUAGUGGAACAUAAGAAGUAAUAGCCUGCGGUACAUCUUUUUCGAAUGACUUCGUCAUAAUAAAAGACUCUCAGGUUCUAUCAAAGCCUAUAGUAGGAUUAUUCGAUAGAGGAUUGAAUCAAAUUUGGAUGAAAUAAAUUUCGAAGAAUAGAUAAUAAAAAGAUUUAAAUGACUAACCUGAGGGAGCUGAGACAUGUGUAUUCUCUCAUAAUGGAGAUAAUGUAAUUGUAUAACUCUAUAACAUGCCAUUAUACUAAGUGAAUACUAUAAUUAUUUUGGAUCGAGGGAAUGGUACAGUAAUAAGAGGAAUUAGUUUGCUAGACAAGAAUGGAUUUUACCUUGGAUGGCUCUAUAGUCCUUCUCUGAACAUUAUGCCAGCUAAUAAUAAAAUGAUAAAUAUAAUUAGAAUGAAUGAAUAGUCCUCAACAGGAUUGACUGUCAUGAAUUUUGUUCUAAUAGUCUAUGACCCAACUGAGGAUACUUUAGGUUAAAUUUAAGCCACUAAAUUUGAACACCAAACUGACUAAUUUAAAAUUAAGAAAAUGAUAAUAUCCCCAGAUUUGAGAGGUCUAUAUCUUGGUGGUGGCAUUGGUUAGGAUGCAACAUUUUUAAAAAUAGACAUAUUGACCUAUUAAAUUGUUUGGAGAUAUAAGUUUCACAAUACUGGAUAGACAAAUGUUCAUUUUGAAGUAUAAGAAAUUGGCUUAGUCAGGAAUUAUGAUACUGAUUUUAACUACCUGCUAUUAUGCUCUGUUUAACUAUCCUAAGGGAUGUAGUCUAAUUUUAUAAUUGGGAUAUUAGAUGAUAAAGAUGCUAGCUAAAUGAAAUAAAAACAACAAAUCGCAGUCAUAUGGUAUUCAAAUGAUAUAUCUCGUAACUUUAGAUGUAUGGAUACUUUUAUGAUCUAGCAUUUGUAGCGAUAUUCUGUGCUCUUUGGCUCUGAUUAUACUAGUGUGCAAACUUUCAUAGUAAAUGUUGAUAUUAAAGCUGCUGGAACUUAAACAAUAUAGCAAGCAAUAAUUUAUGGGCCUAACUCUGUCUAUUUUGCUACGGAUGUUUUGUUUUCAUUAGAGGGAAGACUUAUUAAGUAAGAUAGAGCAUUGUUUUUAGGAUGGACAUCAUAUCUCAGUGGAACCUCAACGCCUUAUAAGUAUGCAUUCAUUUCAACAUUGCCAGCACAGAAGUAUUAUGCAGAUACUAUAAGUUUUACAAUUACUUAAGGAGUUUCACCAUCUAUCAUAGAUAUUAGUGGGUCCUUGAACCUUUUAGUUAGUCCUAUUUCAAUUAGACUUCAAGAAAUAAUAAUUAAGAGUUAAAAUGCUUCAGUACCAUAUGAUUUGUAUCCUAAUAAAAUGAUGGGUAGGAUAACCUAUUCAGCUAUUCAAAAUAGUUAUACCUACAAGGUAGGUGCUGAUCCAAUAUCAUUCGAUUUAAGGUUUAAAUUACCUGUCACUUGUACCCCUACUAUAUUUGAGUAUCAAAUAAAAAUAUUUCCACGUGUUUAACCAGAGAGAUUAAUAACUUAUGAUUAAAAAUCUGUAAAAAUUUAUACUGGAGAUUAGUAUUUUCAGGGUCUAUACUAAGUUUAAAUUCAUGCAAUAGCUUAGGAUGGUAGCCUCGGAAUAGCAGAUUUCGAAAUCAAUAUCAUCUAGGAGAGAAUUAGUUCAAUAAUUACAACAAUAUACUAAGGACCUGUAUUCUAAUAACCUUUAUAAAAUGUGUCAAUGAAAGGAGGAACUACAAAAAUCAUAAAGUUUCCUAACGUAUUAAAUUCUAAUAAGUCUGCUAAGAUUCAAAUUAGUGUUUACAAUAAUCAGUCUACAGUAUUGCCUUCAUACAUUACAUACAAUCAGAAAUAACUUGUAUUAUAGCCUCCUAAAACAAUUAAAUUAAAUGGAAAGAGAAGAAAUCUUGAUGAAGUAAAUACCGUAAUUUAUCUGAUAACAAAGAUUUCAGACUCUGAUAAUAAAUCAAAUUAGUAUAAGAUAACUGUAUCAUUCAAUUAAACAUUGGAAACUACUAUUGAUUAAGCUUUAGAAGCUCAGGAAUAGUUAUUUCCAAAUGCCUCCUUAAAAAGUUUCGAUUCUGCUGGAUUGCUGAUAUUAGAAUUAUAAAAUCAAUCUUAAAGAAGCAAUAUAACUUUAAUAGAUGAAAAUAUAUACCUUGUGAGUGAUCCUUAUUAUCCAUGCACUUGGAAAAUAGAAUCUCAAACAAAAGACAAAUUAUUUGUUAGAGUUACAUUCAGCUAGAACAUACAAAUGACCUAAUCCUCACAAAAGACUAAGCUUAAAUUCUACUUUACUCCCGUGUUCAUUUCUUAAAUCUAUUCCAAUACAGUUGUUUAUUACAAAGGUGAGAUAGAUAUCCCCACAUAGCUUGCUGAUUAAGAAACUCAGUAGAUCUUUUCUGUUGCAAUGUCAUUUGUACCACUUAUGAACUUAAAUUUACCAUCAAAUCUUUACUAUGCAUUAUCAUUGAUGAAUGGGCCUCUGUAGUUUAACUUUGUUAAUUUGCAAGCCCUAACUUAAAGCAUAUUUGGCAUUGAAGAAGAUGACAAAUCUGCAUAUAACUAUAAUUUUGAUUAGUUUGGUUAUGACAGCUGCGAUGUUGUGUUAUUGCUCUAGAAUACAUUUUACUAUUUGACUCUCUGUCCAAUUACAAUCUUGUUAACUCUAUUACUGAGAUCCUUAAAAUAAAAAUCUCUAAGACAAAAUACAACAAAAAGUUUUUCCUUACUUUUCACACCAUUGUAUUUAGCAAGAAGGAUAAUCUUUGCUUUGUCAAUCGUUUUUCUUGAUGAUGGAUUGAUUUAAGCUUUGAUAUUUUUUUUAGGAUGUUUGGUGUAAGUAGGUUAUCUUGUAAAAGUUAAACCAUUUUAUUCAAAACUAUCUAAUCAGUUGGAAAUAUUUAAUGAGGCAUGCAUUCUAGUCAUCUCUAUUUUCAUUUUAACCUUCACAGAUGCUUUUCCCUAUCAAGCUGCAUCAUAUGAAUUUGGAUGGAUUGUAUUAGCACUAUGUUUUAUCAUCUGCCUAGUAAAUAUUGGUAUAUAGGUUUAUACUGUUUCAAUGAAAAUUACACUAUGGGUUGAGAAGAAAAAAGAUGAGUGGAAGUUAAGAAAAUCAAAAAGAUAAACUGUUAAGAUUUUAAGCAGUAAUGUUCCUUGGUUAAAUUCAUCCGCUCUAAGUGUUUCUUAGAAUGACUUAAUUUCAGAAUAAAGAACUCAACGACCAAUGACUCCUGACUCUUAAUACUUUAGUAGAAGGAAAACAAUUCUAAAAAAACUAGAGACUAUAAUGGAGAACUAGGAAAAACAAUAAGAAUAUUUAAGAGAUUUUAGUGUUAGAGAAAUAAGUAUGGUCGAGAGGGAUGAAUAAAAUAACAUGGAUAUUGAGAGCAAUGAUUCUGAAGGUGAUUUUAAUUUCGUUGCAUAAAAUAACGUAGAUUACCGAACCAUAGAAAGAGAUAGGAAAACUAAUGAUCUUUAGAUUAGUGUCUCAAAUCUUAAUUAAUUUUAGGAUUAUGCCUAAUUUACUUUUAAUAAUGAUGGAGAAUUCUUAAAGUUUGAGAAUCAGUUUACAACACUUUACAUGAAAGAUAAUUAUUAUUAAAAGACUUUUAAGCAAAGAUAAGAAAGAAAAUAGUAAGAUGAUUCUGAGAGGGCUGCACUUAACAAUUAAUGA